AUAAUACAAUCGUCAACAAAAUUAAUUCUUAAAUUUGAUCACAAAAGUUAAAUAUGUCUUUAAAAGAUUUAUCAUCGACUAGUGGUAACCAAUUGACAGCACCGGUAGCCGAUUCGCCCGAUGCGACCACCACUGCGACAGCAUUCGAUUGGGAUGUAUUUGCCGACAGAGGAAAAGCUUUACGACAACUUCGGCAAACACGCGAAGCCAACGACGUAAUGAUAGUGACCAACGAUGACGGCGAAAAGUGCGUCCGUUUGCCAAUUGUGUCGACAUUGGGUCCACAGUUUACACAGAGUCAGGUGACGGCAAUGAAUGAGAGUAACGCCGAAACAGUACAACUACUGGACAAUGGAUCGGAAGUCAAGAAAAUUGGUGUCCAAGAUAUGGACAAACAGGUCUCGAAGUCCAUCAUAGAUAUGACAUUCGAGUCAACACUUUGUAUCAGCGACGACACAAUUUGGCCACUGAUUAGAGCUGCCAUUGACUAUGAAAUGACUGAUGUAUUGGACGCCAGUCUCUUGUUUUUGGCCACAAGACUCGACAAUUGUGUCCAAUAUUUUCAUUUAGGUAUUCAACACCAACACCGACUGUCAAACGCAGCGUUUAUUUUCAUUAAAGAAAACUCUUGUGAUGUGAUCUACAAGUGUAUUGAUUUACCAGAACUAUUGGCCGACGAGAUAACAGUACUGAUAGCCAACGUCCACAUGAAAUCCGAGCAAACAGUUUACGAAGCGAUCAUCCAUUGGAUCCAUUGGUCAGCUAAUGAACGAAGUGGUCAUCAAUUGCUAUCAAAUCUUCGUUACGCACGUCUAGAAAUAGUAUCAAUUAAGAAUACAGUGGCCAUCAUUGCUCUUAUCGUCGAAGAUCAAGACAGACAACAGUUAGUCAACAAAUUUGUCGACACUUUUCGUACAUUUACUAAAAAGAAAGACGGUUACGGUCUGUAUGUUGGCCUACAUCCCGAAGCCAUUAGGCCGCGCGUCCCGCACGAGAUUGCCAUAGUGUUUGGCGGCUGGCAGGAGGGCGUACCGUCAACUAUGCUCAAAGUUUACGAUAUUAGGACUAACCGAUGCUUUGACACAAAGAUAUCGCAUAACAGCCCCCGCGCUUAUCACGGAAUGCAAAUAAUCAAUGGCUUGGUUUACGUGAUCGGCGGCACCGACGGUAUCAACCUUUUGAAGACUGUCCAGUGUUUCGAUACCAUUACGAAGCGUCGGUAUGACAGACAAGAUAUGAAUGAAAAGCGCUGUUAUGUUAGUACUGUUGUAGUCGACGGUAAUAUCUAUGCAAUGGGCGGUCAUAAUGGCCAACAUCGGAUAAAGUCGUGCGAGAAAUACGAUCCGCAGACCAAAGUGAUCGACAACGCCGAGAAUAUGGGAACCGAUGUACACAUCCGAUACAUCACCGGAUCGAUGAAACUCUUAUAUCAGAUAAUAUUUAUUUUGUUUCAAUUCGUGACAACAACUCAAUCAUUUGAUAUAAAUAUAUCAUUUGAUAAGGACUUAGAAUUGACAGCAACUGGUGGUCUGAUUUUAUUUUUUAUCGGUCUAUGUUUCGUCGGUUGCUUCCUAACAGUCGUUUAUUGUCUCGACAAUCGGUACCGACUAAACAGGGGAAAACCAGUUCCGAUGUUACCACAACCACUACCAGUAGCGAAACCAAUACCUACACAAUCAGAGUUUAUAUGGCCUAACAAUGGUAACAUUUUUGUCAAAGAAAUUACAAGAAUUUCAAAAGAAGUAAAUCACAACCAAUCGAUCAAAUUUGACGACAAAAGCAAAGAAAUUGUCCGAUUUUGGCCCAAAAAACAGAACAGGUUCUAUAAUGGCUGA